AAGGGCCGACUGCACAUGUUUGCGCAUGUUGCACGUCAAAGUGUACCAUGCCGUGUUUGAAUCGGCCUGCACAAUUAGAUGUUUAACAUCAGACUCCUGCCUUGACGCUGCUUGUCCCCGACACGGCCAACAAUCCCUCAGGGGCUGACAGUAGAAAUUGCCCCGAGGACCAAUGCCAUGUCAUACACCCCAUGUCCUCUGGAGAAGGUCCACCAAUGUUUCCCCGACAUCAAGAAAGGAAGACCCCGUUCAUUCAGGUGGCCUAUUGCGUCAAGAGGCUUCUGGCCCACGAAAGGCGCGGGCUGUCGGGGCUGAAAGAGGUGGCUUGGAGCUACUUCGCGAUCCCCCCAUGUCCCUCACGUAAGCUUUGUUGUGCCACCUGGGAGCUUCAGCAGCUAUGAGGCCCAUAAAUGUCGGCAGACUCGAUGGGAUCAGUGACUUGGUCUCAUACCCGGAGGCAUCAGAACUCUCGCUUGCUUCGAAAUGCGAGUCUUCAGCUGUCUAGUCCUUGCGCUGGGCCUCGCCCACUCUGGUCUUUGCCAGGACCUUGUCUCGGCACUAUCCAAGUAUCCAGAGCUCUCUUCCUUCUCACAGCUUCUUAGCAACUUGCCCGGGGGUGUGGAAUCAAUCCUCCCCAGCGGACUCGUUCCAAAUUCCACGGAGCGAGUUACUAUCUUGGCACCAAACAACGCGGCCUUGCUGAGUUUCGCCAACUCAACCGGUGGGCCAAACAUUGCUGACCUUCCCGCCGACCAGCUUCUGGCAGUCUUGAAGUACCAUGUCUUGGCGGCUAAGCUGACCGGCAAGGAACUGACUGCCACGGAAAGCCUCAUUGUGCCGACCUUGCUCCGGGAUCAACAGUACAACAACAGGUCAGCCGGUGCUGACCUGGUCAACGCAUACGGCCCCGAGGCUGCGCUUGGGCAGGUCAUCUUUGCCUCCAAGGACCCGAUCAACGCGGUCAAGGCCAGACGGCGCCAGACUGUUAGCGUGUACCUCCGCGGUGGCAAUGGCCGAGGCGCCGGACUAAACGCCGUCGAUGCCCAGUGGGCUUUAGGCUACUUGCAGAUUGUUGAUUCUGUCCUCGUGCCUCCUCAGCCAUGCGAUGUCACCAUCAAGGGCCAAGACACAUUGUCAUCUCUCGACGAUGCAUUGGACAAGACCGACCUGUACCCAGCGCUUGAUACAACUCCCAAUGUCACUUGUCUGGCGCCGACCAACAAUGCUUUCAAGUCCGCGGGCCAUCCCGAGGAUAUGCUCAACAAGACUGACCUGACCGGGGCACUCCUUUUCCACACGCUUCCUUUCCCCCUAUACACCCCUUACAUCGUUUCCGGCAUGAAGGUAGCCUCGCUGGCCGACGGGCUCGACGUCACGGUCGUCAAGGUGGGCGAGGACAUCUACUUCAACGAUGCCAAGCUCAUCAGUCCCAACGUCCUGACCAACAACGGCCUGAUCCAUGUGCUGGACAGGAUCAUGACGCCCGACGGGAAGCCCCCGGUCUCGCCGUCCCCGACGGCAUCCCCAUCCCCGACAGGGCCUAGUCAGAGCCCGAAGCCGGAUGCUGCUAACUCGCUGUCCGGAAAGGUCUGGGUUGGGCUGUUGACUUGCUUCGCGGCCGUUGCCUUGCUGUUGUAAUGGGAGUCUCGGUGUUGUGGACUGUAAUUUGGGUUUAUUCGCGCUCGUGCUCGUGCUCGUGCUGGAGUGUCUGGCAUUGGCGACAGGGACAUGGAAAUCGAUCCGGUUAUUGAAUGAGAUGUAUCCUCCAUUACUAGAUUGCUAGUCAAUCUAUCACUUCGAAAUCCACGAAAUCUAUUCAUAGGACCGGGUGAAUCCCUUCUCCCCUCUAUGCUCGAUGCUCGAAGACCACAAACGCCUGCCAAUGCGAAUUGAACGCCCAUAAGUCAUAAAUAUGCCACAAGUAGACAGAGAGGGCCUGCGAAGUAACAACCAUGCAACCGCAAAUGCAAAUUAAAAAGCUCAAGGUCCACCCCCUUUUCAUACCAUGGUGAUAAAGGCCACCGCAACCACCCAACC